AGUGCGCAGCGGUGCUUCAAUUGGCCACGAAGUGCGUCGGGCCAGCUGGUUAAUUACCUGUCCACCCCUAAAUUAAGGGAAGCUACGGUACAUGCACAACACGCCCACAGCUCAAACAAGACAAGCCUGUCGCCGUGUUAAAACAACUGUCCACUUGGAUUUUUGCAUUUUGCAGCCACAGGACAAAGACGAAAACCACGCGGAACACGAACUGUUUACUAAGAGAGUGAAGAUGGACAACUGGACAGCGGCUCUGCUCACUGGUGUUGCCUGCAUUGUGGGAUACCUGGUAGUGCGGGUGAAAAAGAUCAGCAGCCUCCGACAGGCGGAGGAAAAAAUCAAGAGAGCCAGAAACAGGAGAGAUGAGAGCUUGCAGCGGGCAGAGCAGGCGGUGCUCCGGUACAAAGAGUCGCAUCCGACAACUGACUCUGCUUUCAUCCUGACGCUCUCCCUGUCUGAGCUGACACAGCAGCUGAAGGAAGGCUCACUGAGCCCAGAGGAUGUGCUUUACUCUUACAUGGAAAAGACUCUGGCUGUAAACAAAAAGCUGAACUGCUGCACUGAAAUUUUGCUGGAGAGUUUGGACCAGCUGAAAACUGUUGGCUCCAACAAGGAUGGUCUCUUGUACGGAGUUCCAGUUAGCAUCAAAGAAAAUAUUGCAUUUAAGGAUCAUGACUGUUCUUGUGGUGUGGUCAUUAACCUGGACCAGCCUGCUGAAAAGGACAGUGUGCUUGUUGAAGUCCUGAAGAAACAAGGAGCUAUUCCCUUUGUGAAAACCAACUUGGCCCAAGCCCUUAUAAGCUAUGACUGCAGUAAUCCUAUCUACGGGCAGACUGUGAACCCUCAUAACCCCCAGAAGACCUCUGGAGGUUCAUCUGGUGGGGAGGCGGCUCUCGUUGGGGGAGGGGGCUCCCUCCUCGGUAUAGGCACUGAUCUCGGUGGCAGUAUCCGUCUUCCGUCUUCAUUCUGUGGAAUCUGUGGUUUCAAGCCAACUGCUCAGCGACUGAGUUUACAGGGUUUUCGUUCAAUUUAUCGAGGACAAAAGUCAGUGGCAUCAUCUGCUGGACCCAUGGCAAGAGAUGUGGACAGCCUGGCUCUGUGCAUGCAGGCACUUCUUUGUGACCACAUGUUUUCUUUGGACCCCACUGUUCCACCAUUACCUUUUAACAUGGAGAUAUACAGAAGCUCCAGACCUCUAAGGAUUGGUUAUUUGGAAAAUGAUGGCUACUUGCAACCGUCUCCAAGCAUGGCCCGAGGCGUCAGAGAGGUCAAAGCUCUGUUAGAGCAAGCAGGGCACACAUUGGUUCCUUACUCUCCACUGAAAAUCAGCCAAAUUGUUCCUGAGCUAUUAAUAAAGGGUGUAUAUGCAGACGGCACUGCCACCCUUCUGCAAAAACUGAAAGGGGGACUUCUGGACCCUUCUCUGAAGCAGCAGGUUUUUACGCACUCGCUCCCUAAGUGGUUUAAGAAAAUCCUUUCCUUCCUACUAAAACCUGUGUCACCUCGUCUUUCUUCCAUCGUGAGUGCUAUUUGUGGAGUUCGUUCUGUUUCCGAUCUGUGGAAGCAACAUGCUGCUGUUGAGGACUACAUUCAAGAGACAAUAGCACAUUGGAGGAGCUGCAAUAUUGAUGUGCUGUUGUCCCCCAUGAUAGGGCCAGCCAGCAGGUUAUUGCACGCUGACAAACUUGCAACUGCUGUCAGUUGCACGAUGCUCUACAAUCUCUUAAAAUUUCCUGCGGGUGUAGUCACUGUUUCCACAGUGACUGCAGAGGAUGAGGAGGAACUAAAGCACUAUAAGGGCUGUUAUCAGGACAGUCUUGACAAGUUCCUCAAAGAGGCAGUGUCCGGUGGUGAGGGUCUACCUGUGGCGGUGCAGUGUGUUGCUCUGCCGUGGCAGGAUGAGCUCUGUCUGCGCUUCAUGAAGGAAGUGGAACAACUGGUCAAAGAAAGCAAGAAGUAAAGCUGCUUUCUUUCUCAGUCUCACAGGAGAGGCUGCAGACUUCAGAGGCAAUGUGUUAACUUGAGUAGAUCCUAUAAAUGAGAGCUAAAUGUUUCAUAAGUAUCAGAGCAUUCUCUUUUUUACAAAUUUUUGUGACUUGACUAUUUGGUAAAGUUUAAAUAAAUUUUAACAGUUAAAAUUCA